AUGUCUCAAGAUUUGACGCGUCUAGUACGUGAGAUCGAGCGGAUCGUGACUGCUCCCUAUGUACCAUCGCUGCAGGAUUUACAUGAGCUGGUGCAGAGCAGUCCAUCUUCAUUAGUCAAGUGCUGGGCGCUUCAAAAACCUUGUCAGAUUGGACUUCUAGCGGAUGUGCUGGUAGAGAGCCUUUCGCGGUCGCGAAUCGCUCUUCCGCUACUUUCUACCUUUGCUUUCGAGGUCACCUUCCGAGAUGCAGUUCUCCUUCGAAAUCCAGCGAUUCUGGAUGCACUUUUAGAAAAGGCCGCUUGCAGUGGUGAAUCUGAGUAUCGGCUGGCAUGUAUCAAUUUGCUCUCCAGCCCAGUUCCAGGAGGCCUUGUGCCCCCUGCUCGACUUGCCAAUCUCAUCACAAGUCUUGUAUCUGCAAUGUCCAGCAAUCCAAGUGCAGACACAAUCGCUCCAUUGCACACCCUGAUGAAUGGCCUUCAAGGGUGCUCGCUUAUCCAGCAUGAGGUUCCGACCGAGGUUAUGUCUAAUAUGCAGAUUGAAUUUACGAAGACCCUACGAAAUCUAGACGACCACAUGGGCAACCUCCUGUGUCUCGCAACCUUUGCACGGAUUGCUUCAAUCAGAACAGAUGGUCUUACUAAUAGACACGGACCAGAACCUCCAUCUUGGCUUCUCAAUAUUCGGCAUUUCUUUGGACCUAAACGAGGCCUGAAAACACUGGACUUGGUCGUUCUCCGAGUCAUCCUUGCCUGUUCAUCACACUACAACAACCUGACUUCGCCACAAGCAGCUGAAAGUAUUCGCCUAGCCAUUUGUAUUGCCGAUGGCAUUGAGCCGGAGCAAAAACAGAUUUGGAUAUCGCAAAACCCCUCUAAGAUUGCUAAGCUUUGUGAAAAAGUUGCAAGAGAUGGACUUGACCGAGAGAUUCAGAUGGUGGGCAUUGCCUUUCUACUGUGUCUUCUUCCUGCAGCAAAUCUCCCCUCUCAUGUCCGAGAACUUGGGUUGCAUGUUCUUGUUUCCAAGGGUAGUAGAGGAGUAAUGGGAAUCAUGCCACCUCCUCUCAUUCAACGCAUGGCAGAAUCGCUGGCUUCCUCCGAGAAGUCUGCCGUUUAUCACCUCUUGAGAUUCAUUUUCGAAGUUGUCCAAGAGGGUGAUAUGCCUGGUCGGAACUCACUUUCGGAUUUGCACUUGGCCAACCUGAUACUUGCAGGAUUCCAGGCAUCCCAAUCUCCAGUAUUGGUUGACGCUCUUCUAGAUUCAGUCUCCACUAGAGAAUCCGUCCUUGGUCUGCUUAGGAGUUUCCCAGCCAUGUCUAACCAGGCUCAGUGUCAGGGGCAAGAGGCAUGCUCUUGUGCUAAGAAAACACAGCAGAAUCAACUUUUGAUCAACUUGUUCGAUAUUUACUUUGCUGCCGCUCUUUCGAGGAGUGGGAACAAUAAAGAGAUCUUGGUUAUGAAGUCUUUUGUUGGACAUUCUGCGAAAAUACUCACUGGCGGCGGUUGUUCAUUCUCGGAAUCCAAAAUUGAAGAUUUCCGGUAUUCAGUUUCUCUGCGCAGCAGGCAGGGCUUUGCAUCAAUUGAAUAUUCAGCUCGGGAUUGGCGGUCCGGGGUCGCUGAGACAAUGGUCCAAGAUGCUCAGAACUCCCGUGACAACAUGACAAAGAAGAUUGAGGAGAUCUGCGUCGACUUGGAACGUCGCUGCUAUGAGGUUGAAGGUCCUCUGCGUCUUGCUGAGAAAGAGAGAGACCGCUACAUCUCCGAAUCCGAGCAGCUUAAACACCAGAAUGAUGAUCUAGAAAAACAACUGGAGAAUUCAUCUAAUGCAAUCAUGGAUCUGCAGCAAAGGUUUUCCUGUCUAGAGGAACAUGCCGAAAACGCUUGUGCCCGUGUCGAAGAGAUGUCUACCGCACUGGACUCUGCGCGGCAAGAACUAGUCGAGCAGCGACGCCUUGCCGAAGAAGCCACCCAUCGCGAGCAAGGGAACGCUCGGGAUCGGGAGUUGGAUUUACUUGCAACUUGCACUGAAAGGGAUGAUCAGCUUGAAGAGCAACAGGAGAAGUUGAACUACCUACAGUCCGAGAAUUUGCAGCUACAGCAGAUCUUGGAAGAAAAUUCUAAAAAGCAGGACAUAUUAAAUGAGAAAUAUGCCUCUUUGAUGAAUGAGCUUGCUGAGAAUAAAGACACGUUGGAAGCAAACAAAGCUGUUUGCUCCAAAAAAGAUAAUGAAAUUCAAGAGCUCUUGGCGGAGACCAAGCUCAUGCAGAUGGAGAUCCGAAAUAUGAAGACAAUGAUUGAUGAGCAGAAUAUGGAAUCUAGAAGACUGUGCUUUUCGUUGCAAGAAGUGGAAGAGAAAUCCAGGCUUGAAAUAGCAGCCAAGGAACAACGAUAUACAAUGGAGCUUUCAAGAGCCGUGUCAGAGAUCCAAACCCACAAGGAGGAGAUCAGCCGUCUGCAUACGGCAAUGCAGCUCGCCGCUCAAGAAGCCUCCAAAGAACAUGACUCUAAAGACAAACGUAUCCACAUGCUGGAGAAAAAGGUUCAAUCCCUUCGAGAUGAGCGGGCCAACAAAGCUCGCGAGUUUUCUGAAGCACAGCAACACAUAGGCAGGUUGAUGAACGUCAUGGGGUUUAACGCCAAACCAAUGGAGCCUCCCGUUUCUACUCAAGGCCCGCAAACCGAAGGUAGCGAGCGAAGACAUUCAAAGAACAUGCGCCAGCCGUUUGAUGACGAUGAGAGCCAACUAGCCGAAUCUCUCGACGAGCUCGCUGCCAAUGUCAGGGGUCCCAGCCCCAAACGUCCAAAAGCCAAUCAACGCUCCAUGAACCCGAGCACGCUGCAACCGCCCAAGACACCCACCAAUGGGCCUUCUCAACAAACUUGCCCUGAAUCCACCGUCCGGUACACUCGUCAACCUCUUGGACAAACGGACACUAAUAGUCCUCGCAAAUCACAGUCAAGUCAGGCUUUCAUGAAAGCCCGGCAUCCCAACGAGAAUCAUCUUCAGAGCGUUGAUUUAAAUAUGGAUUUAUUGGUGACCUCACACAGUCAAGAGGAGCAAGAAGAGUUUAGUUUGGCCGCAACGGGUUACCUGUCGCUGCGGUCGUAG